AUGGUCAAUACUGUGAGGUUGGUGAAUGGGAGCAGUCAAUGCUCUGGGAGAGUGGAGGUUUAUCAUGCAGGAGAGUGGGGCACCGUGUGUGAUUUGUGGUGGGAUAUGACUGAUGCUGCAGUGGUGUGUAGAGAGCUGGGCUGUGGUGAUGCUGUAGAGACUCUGAGUGGAGCUCACUUUGGAGAGGGAUCAGGGAGAAGCUGGAUGACUGGUGUGAGGUGUGAGGGAUCAGAGUCCAGACUGAAGAACUGUGAACACAUGGGAUGGAGAGACUGGAGUACAUUAAGGUGUCCUCAUAGCAGAGAUGCUGGAGUCACUUGUUCAGAUACUGUGAGGUUGGUGAAUGGAGGUAGUAGAUGCUCUGGGAGAGUGGAGGUUUAUCAUGCAGGAGAGUGGGGCACCGUGUGUGAUCAUGGGUGGGAUAUGGCUGAUGCUGCAGUGGUGUGUAGAGAGCUGGAAUGUGGUGUUGCUGUAGAGGCUCUGAGUGGAGCUCACUUUGGAGAGGGAUCAGGGAGAAGCUGGAUUCCUGGUGUGAGAUGUGAGGGAUCAGAGUCCAGACUGAAGAACUGUGAACACGGGGGAUGGAGAGACUGGAGUACAGAAGGGUGUCCUCAUAGCAGAGAUGCUGGAGUCACUUGUUCAGAUACUGUGAGGUUGGUGAAUGGAAGCAGUCAAUGCUCUGGGAGAGUGGAGGUUUAUCAUGCAGGAGAGUGGGGCACCGUGUGUGAUGAUGGGUGGGAUAUGGAUAAUGCUGCAGUGGUGUGUAGAGAGCUGGGCUGUGAUACUGUGAGGUUGGUGAAUGGAAGCAGUCGAUGCUCUGGGAGAGUGGAGGUUUAUCAUGCAGGAGAGUGGGGCACCGUGUGUGAUGAUGGGUGGGAUAUGGCUGAUGCUGCAGUGGUGUGUAGAGAGCUGGACUGUGGUGAUGCUGUAGAGACUCUGAGUGGAGCUCACGUUGGAGAGGGAUCAGGGAGAAGCUGGAUGACUGGUGUGAGGUGUGAGGGAUCAGAGUCCAGACUGAAGAACUGUGAACACGGGGGAUGGAGAGACUGGAGUACAGCAGGGUGCCCUCAUAGCAGAGAUGCUGGAGUCACUUGUUCAGGAGUCCAACUGGUGGGCCGUUCUCACUGCUCUGGGAGAGUGGAGCUGCUUCAUAAAAAGACCAGACACACUGUGUGCAGUUCCACAUUUGACCAGCAGGAUGCAGAGGUUGUGUGUCGACAGCUGGGCUGUGGGGCUCCUGUAGAGGUGCUGGGAGCAGCUGCAUUUGGAGAGGGAGAGGGCCAGGUGUGGUCAGAGGAGAUCCAGUGUGGAGGCAACGAGACUCAGAUUCACCUCUGCCCAACAUCCUCUACACCCUCACACAACUGCUCUCACAAGCACGAUGUUGGAUUAGUUUGUACAGAUCCUGUUAGGUUGGUGGAUGGGCCCAGUCGCUGUUCUGGGAGAGUGGAGCUUUAUCAUGUGGGAGAGUGGGGUACAGUGUGUGGUGCUGAUUGGGACUACUUUGAUACAGCAGUUGUGUGUAAAGAGUUGGGCUGUGGUGAUGCUGUAGAUUCCUUCUCAGAUGUCCACUUUGGAGAGGGAGCAGGGAGAGUCUUGAUGGCUGAGGUCGGCUGUGUGGGAUGGGAGACCAGACUAAAGUCCUGUUCUCAUAAGGGAUUGGGUGAACACACAUGCCAGCCUAAAAACAAUGUUGGAGUCACCUGUUCAGAACACAGAGCUCCGAGGCUAGUGACCGGUUCCCACCGGUGUUCUGGGAGAGUGGAGGUGGAACAUGGGACCACCUGGGGAACGGUGUGUAACGCCACAUUUGACUGGCAGGAUGCAGAGGUUGUGUGUCGACAGCUGGGCUGUGGGGCUCCUGUAGAGGUGCUGGGAGCAGCUGCAUUUGGAGAGGGAGAGGGCCAGGUGUGGUCAGAGGAGAUCCAGUGUGGAGGCAACGAGACUCAGAUUCAACUUUGCCCAACAUCUCCUAUGAACCACAACUGCUCACAUGAAAUGGACGUAGGGUUACUGUGUUCUGACUUUUCUGUUCUCAAACAGAAAAUGAAGGCUUGGUCAUACAGCAAGGCAUUGUAA